GCUGUUUCGAAUUUCGAAAACAUUUGCAGCCGCAUUUGAUUUGGUUGCUGCAAAAUAAUUACAAAAAUAAACACGAAAUAAUGGACAACGAACUGAACGGAUCGGAGUUGGGCACCAAGGAGUUCUGGGAGUCCAGCUACAAUCGGGAGAUACGGAACUACAAGAGCCACGGCGACGUGGGCGAGAUCUGGUUUGACGAAAGCGCUCAAUGGCGAACGAUCGACUGGCUGCUUGAGAAGGAGAAGAUCGACAAGGAGGCGAGUCGAGUGCUGGACCUGGGCUGCGGCAACGGCAUGUUCCUGGUGGGCUUAGCAAGCGAAGGAUUCAACGGCGACCUGACCGGCGUGGACUACUCCCCCAAAGCCGUCGAACUAGCACAAAACAUUGCGGAGGACAAGAAGAUGAGCAUCACAUACAAGGUGGCGGACUUGACCCAGCCGCAGGACGAACUGGGCCACUUUGACGUGGUGCACGACAAGGGAACCUACGAUGCAGUCAGCCUUUGUCCCGACAAUGCCAAGGAAAAACGUGCUCUUUAUCUGGCCACGGUGGAGAAGCUGCUACGAACCGCUGACAGCCUGUUUGUGAUCACAUCGUGCAAUUGGACCGAGGACGAGCUGGAGAAGAGCUUUGCCGAGAAGUUUGUCAAGUACUACACCAUUCCCACGCCGACUUUUAGGUUUGGCGGCAAAGUGGGCAAUGUGGUAACCUCAGUUGUUUUUAAAAGGAGAAAAGAAUAAACAAGCUGUCUCAAAGUGAAAAAAAUCUUUAAAAUUAGAGGACUUGGAACUUUUAUACAAAACCAUUUAUUAUAAAAACAAUUCUAGUUACAAGAGAAUUAUUAAUUAUUAAAAUCCUAGUUUUCAGUAAUUGAUAAAAAAUAUAUUAAUAAAUCACAUGUUAAAAUCAUGCAGGAAUAGAA